UGCCACAUACUAAAAGGGUGGGGGCAACAGUUCGUAAUUAUUUACAAAAUCAAGGGCAGCUUCUCAAACUUUAGCACUAUAAAGUCGUAAACUUCCCCACAUGGAAAGAAUACAACCCUGGGUGCAACCCAAAUCGAACCAAACCACAGCGGUGUCGUUUACCGUUCGCGGUCCAAUGGAAGUCGGAAAAUGCAGCAAAAUCCGGUGCAUUGUCAGGCUGCGUCAGAUGCUGCGACGGUGGCGCAAUAAGGCACGCAUGUCGUCGGGGAACAGCGUUCCAUCCGAUGUCCCGCCGGGCCACGUGGCAAUCCGCGUCGGCGGAAACUCAGUUAGGUGCGUGGUAAAGGCUACCUAUCUGAACCACCCCUUCUUCAAGAAGCUGCUGAAUCAAGUGGAGGAAGAGUAUGGCUUCUCCAACACCGGACCGCUCUCCAUUCCCUGCGACGAAGAAACCUUCCGAGAGGUUUUACGGUUUGUUUCGCGAUCCGACUCAGGCAAAUCGACCCGGUUCCGUAACAUUGACGAGUCCCACAGGUAUUGCCACGAGGGUUUGAGGACCAACCUGGAAGUCUGGCAAGAAUGUCGGCCGCUACUUCAUGGCUUCACUUCUGCUCAGUGAUUCGAAGAGGGAAGGGUUUGAUUAUGAAACCCCAUGGACUUCGAUCUCGAGGCGCUCUUCGUAAUCUGAAAGUAGAUCCAGCGAGGAGGAAUUAAGCAAGCUUGCAGGUGCAGAGCAAUGCUGGUGCCGGCAGGGUGGAAUUGUGGUUUUAUCUAUGAAAGCCAUGGGAGUUUCUCACUGCAAGCUUGUUAGAAAUUUUCCGAUAUUAACAACUGAAUAUGUUUGUUGAUCCUCGGACUCGUCGUUUUUUGAUCGAAAUUCUUGUGUAGCCCACCUCUUGUCAAGGAUCUUCAAUUCUGGACCUACAAGAGCUAAUUGUUGUAAGGAGCCCAAGAACGCCGAGGAGAUGAUAAAGGGGGACGAGUUAUUUUCCAAGUUUCAUCGGCACAUUUUAACCGUUUCUGAGGGUGAACAUCGAUGACGCUAUUUUUGUAAAUAAGUAAUAUCAUUUUUUUCAGCGGGAAAUUUAUUGAUGACGAGAAUCAAUUAAACUGUAGAUAAAUUUGAAAAUCAAGCCUAUUUUGUGCCUUCA